AUGCGGUCCUCCAUAUGGACGUGCUUUGCAAUUGUACCAGCAGCUGUUGUACAUGCCGUUCCAUCCCUGGCUGAUGUGUGCACAAUAGACUAUGUCACAGCCCAUUUACCUCCAGCUGGUAUCUAUCCGGGCAUUUCAAUGGUUGAUUCGUUCGUCUCUGCCAACCCUGUGUAUAGUGCGGCAGUCAAGGACGCAAACUUCUACCCAAAUGCUGUGUUCGAUUACUGCAAUGUCAGCUUCUCUUACUCCCACGAUGGACUCAAUGACACUGUUGUCCUGACAUAUUGGCUACCUGCGCCUGGGAACUUCCAAAAUAGGUACCUAUCAACUGGUGGUGGAGGUUAUGCAAUCAAUUCUGGAACGCAAUCACUUCCCGGGGGGCUGAUUUAUGGGGCCGUGACUGGAAUCACAGAUGGCGGUUUUGGCGUAAAUCAAGGCGCGGCGAUUAACACGUUCCUUGUGGCAAAUGGCACACUCAAUUGGCACAAUAUCUACAUGUUUGGAUACGAAGCCAUUCACGAGAUGGGAGAACUAGGCAAAAGCUUCACCAAGACCUUUUUCAACAUGUCCGAGUCAACGAAAUUGUAUUCCUACUAUCAAGGAUGUUCAGAAGGUGGCCGGGAGGGUUGGAGUCAAGUCCAACGCUUCGCGGAUGAGUUCGAUGGCGCCUCAAUCGGAGCUCCAGCAUUCAGGUUUGCUUUCCAGCAAGUACAGCAUCUGUAUUCAAACGUCGUCGAGCAUACCCUUAAUUACUUCCCACCGCCCUGUGAACUCCAAGCAAUCGUCAACGCCACAAUUCUCGCUUGCGACUCCCUGGACGGGAGAGUCGAUGGUGUCGUUUCCAGGACCGAUCUUUGCACAGCACAGUAUGACAUAGCAGCUACUCUAGGUCUCCCUUACUAUUGUGCCCCAGGGGCUGCUACACGAUCCGGAUCAGCUACCCCGGAGCAGAAUGGAACUGUGACGGCACAAGGCGUAGCCCUCGCCAAGGAGAUCUUCGAGGGACUACACGAUUCUGAGGGACGGCGUGCAUACUUCACAUACACACCCAGCUCAACAUUCACAGAUGCACAGACCCAGUGGAAUCCAACCUCCGGUAAAUGGGAGCUUUCAGUCACCAGCCUUGGUGGCUCCUUCGUCAAGGUUCUGUUGGAUUUACAGAUAGGAAGCAACCUCCCAAGUCUUGACAACGUGACAUACGACACACUGGUCGAAUGGAUCGACGAAGCUGGCGGCAAAGUAAUACAUUUUCACGGCGAAUCCGACUUCAGCAUUCCCACGGCCUCCUCAGUUCGCUACUGGGAAUCUGUGAACAAGAUCAUGAACCCCGGGGUGAGCUACAACGAGAGCGUGGCGGCGACCCAAGAGUUCUACCGCUUGUUCUUGGUUCCUGGGGGUUCGCAUUGUGCACCGAACGCUGCGGAGAGCAAUGGUCCUUGGCCGCAAACGGCUCUUGCGAAUCUGAUUGAUUGGGUGGAGAAGGAUGUGCCGCCAGUGACGUUAAAUGGGACGAUUUUACUGGGCCAAAACAAGGGGCAGAAUCAACAAAUUUGUGGGUGGCCAUUGAGACCACUUUUCACUGGUAAUGGCUUGAAUUUGGAGUGUGUGUAUGAUCAAGGAUCCAUUGAUAGUUGGAUCUACGAACUGGAUGCUUUUGAUAUGCCGGUGUAUUAG